UAAAUAAAGACCGGAUCAUCACUUCCCUGCAUCAGAGAAGGGAAGUUUCAGAGCAGAAAAGGAACAUUUCGUGUCCUUGAGAGCAAGGAGAAGAAGGGUUACAAGAGAGAAUACUCAAGAAGAGACCAGGAAUAACUCAUGGCAAUUGAAAGUGAUUCUGCCCUUCUUCCGCGUUGCUUGAGGGCUGCAGCCUCUUUGACUUGCAUUAUUGCUGCCUCUUUGAUGCUGACUGCACGUGAAAGAAGGAUCUACGAGGAAUAUUUGGUCCAUGUCUAUUUUGGCGAUUUGGCAGCCUAUUGGUGCUUUGUAUUUGCAAAUUAUACAGUUGCAAUUUACAGCGCUUUGGCAAUUUUACUUCCAGCAAAAAGCCAACUGUGGCGAUUCCUAGUGGCUUUAGAUGGGAUUUUGGUAGUGAUACUCUCCUCAAGUUGCUCAGCAGCAUUAGCAGUUGCUCUACUGGAAAGGAAUGGGAGCUUACAUUCUGGUUGGUCGCCCAUAUGUCACGUAGUUUCAUUUUAUUGCCUCCGACUAUUCUUAGCUGCUGGUUUUGGCUUUGUUGCUGUGAUAAUUUACGUGAUGCUGCACUUGCUGUCCAUUCAAGCUGCAUUAAAUUCCUUUCUCGUUGAUAGUUAGAGGUUUAACUUCGCUUAGUUUUUUGGUGUUUAGAGAGAAAUUUACAAGGAGUGCUACUGCGGAACUUUGCGUAGUUUUUUGUUUUUAUUACAACAAUGGGUCUAAAACAUCUGGUUAUUACUUAGUAUUUUUGUCAACAUUGUCCUAGUUAGAAAUUAUUUUUAUUAUGUAAUGAUACCAGCAUAUUGUUUAAAUGUCUUUUUUUGUU